AUGAAAACGAUAUGGGUGGUCUUUAUUGCUUCGAUGACGGGAUUUGCUGAUGCGAAAAUUACGAGAGAGGCAAUUGAUAAUUGCGAUGACUUAGAAUGCUUGAGCAAUUUGAUGACAGAAUCUUUUGGCAUGCAAAAAGCACCAAAUUCUGACGCUGGCUUCUUAUCAACAUGGAUGUGGUACGAUCAAAUUCGAAAAGAACUGGCCCGCCAAGUCCUGACGAAGAAAAAACGAGGCGUUGGCAAUCUUUAUCAAAUGAUGAAGACUGCGAACUUUGUCUGA